CCGGGCUCGAUCACGGCCAGGCUCCAAAUCAGUUCUCUCUACAAUGGGGCGGUAUGUAUAAAGUCUAGCUGCAGAAAUUGCUUAUUCAACGGAACAUCGUGUUUCUUCUUAAAUACUCUUUGAAAGAGUUAUUCCUCCUUGCCAACAUGAGUGUCAAGCCUUCCGUUUCUGUGUUGCCGACACACAAGAAGAGCGAUUUUGGAUACAAGGACCUUGACGCUGUCACGGCCCAGGAUCUUCACGGCUGGCUGAAGACUUGGAACCCGUUUCAAACACCAAUUGCAUUUGUCGAUUGUCAAAGCAACGGCGAUAAUUCCAAGAAGAGGUUCACCGGCGCCUAUCAGUUGCAAAUUCAAGGACCAGACGCAAUUCGUGUCUUCCAAUCCGAACAGGGCAUUCGAAUCUUGCCAGCGCUGGCCAACAAGCAUCUGGUGGUCUUCUAUUGUGUGCAAGGCUCCUUGCGAUCUCCGAGCGCCAUGCAAGGCUAUCUUCAGAUCAAACCCAGAACACAGAAAGUGGUGUUUCUCGAGGGCGGUGUGUCAGGUUUUGCCAACAAGUAUCCGAAUCACAGGAUGAUCGAAAGCUAUGUGCCUCUCAAAGCCAAGCUGUGAUUGUGAGACUGGCGACCUGCCCACGAACAGGCGUCAUGCUAGGUAGUUCAUCCCGAAGCUGCAUAGUUGCUGGUGUUGAAGGUGUCUGGCUUGUCGAAUACAAUGAAUGCAGAUUGCCUGGAUGCCGAACGCCAUCGGUGAUCCUACUGCGCUUUUCGAAGAAUCAUGU